AUUAUUCGGUUGAUGUUAGUCCUCUUUAAUACACCGAGUCGUUUGUCAGUAAUUAAUAAAUGCAAUAGUGGUGCUGUAAAUAACUAUGAAAAUCGUCGCGUGGGUGCUCAUCUAAUUUAUCCAUCUUAGCUAAUUUUAAUUAAGUGUGUGAUUAAGGUUUAGUUGGGUGUAAGUUCGGUUUUGUCUAGGGGUAGCCCUUUGUUAAUAAAGACGAAGAAGAACGUUUUAAAAGAUAAUCGCCGUUACAAAACAAUAGAUAAAAUGAACUUAUACCGCCCAUGCAACAAAUACUCAAUAAUCUGCUUGAUAUCGUUUCUUCUGAUAUUCCUCGGGAUAUUCCUGAUAUCGUCGUGGUCCUUCCUCUAUGACCAGAUCACCAGAUCCAGCAUGACCUUGACGCCCACCUCGAUGGCUUUCGACAUUUGGAAGAAGAAUCCAGUGCCCAUGAAGAUCGACUUUUAUUUUUACAAUUGGACCAAUCCGCAGGACAUACACAACGUCACCGUUAAGCCCAAGUUUGUUGAGCUUGGUCCGUACAGAUUUAUUGAAACCAAAGAAAAAUCCAACAUAACCUGGAACGCUAACAACAACACAGUCACUUUUAACCAUGUAAAAAAAUGGUACUUUGAUCCAGAAAACAGUCCAAGAUCCUUAUUUGAUGAAAUAACAACUCUAAACCCUACCACAGUGUCAGCUUCUUAUGCAGCUAGGGACUGGAGCUAUUUCGUCAAGAAAGGUUUAUCAGUGGCUCUUAAAUCAAUGGCGUCAAAAAUUCACAUAACAAAAACCGUGGGAGAAUUACUAUUUGAGGGGUAUGAAGAUCCCUUACUAAAUAUGGCCAGAAAUAUGCCUUUUUUGGCUGGAUCAAGCAUGCCACCGAUGGACAAAUUUGGAUGGUUUUAUGGGAGAAAUGGUUCAGAAACCUACGAGGGCACAUUCAACAUGGACACGGGUGUGGAUGGGUCACUGGGCCGAUUGUACAGAUGGAAAGGAAUGAACCAUACGGAUUUCUACAAAGACGAAUGCAGCGACGUUGGCGGAUCAGCGGGCGAAUUUUUCCCUCCAAACAUGAACAAGGAAACCAUCAUUAAAUUCUUCUCCGCCGAUUUGUGCAGAACCAUGGAGCUGGAGUUUCAGAAGGAAAUGGAGUUGCAUAAUAUGGCUGCCUAUAAGUUCAGCGCUGGAGAUAGGUUUUUGGAUAAUGGCACUAAAUUCGCGGCAAAUAAGUGUUACUGCAUGGGAGAUUGCAUGCCUUCGGGGGCAGUAAACGUUUCGGCUUGCCGUUACGGCUCCCCAGCGUUCGUGUCGCUACCGCAUUUUCACAAAGCCGACUCAUAUUAUCAGGACUGUAUCGAGGGGGUCACCUCUGAAGACAGCAAGCACGACUUUUACAUGGUGUUUGAACCAACAACUGGAAUUCCUUUAGAAGUGGCCGCCAGGCUACAGUUAAAUUUGCUGAUACAUCCUAUUAACAGUAUUGAGAUGUUCGAAACUGUCCCCAAAGUUUACUUUCCCGUGAUGUGGUUCGAGCAAGUGGUAAAAAUGCCCGACUCCAUGGCACUGCAAAUAAGGCUGCUGCUCAAUUUCCAAGUGAUAUGUUGUUCCGCCGGAAUCACCCUUAUUUUCGCGGGGUUGCUGGUGCAAUUCUGCUUUUGUUACAAACUGUGCAGCGCGAAGUUUUGCAAGAAAAAAUGCAAAAACGAAGAUAUCGUCAUAAAGGAAAGGGUGCCUUUGACAGAUGGAAAUUACAGGCUGUGAUCAGGCUUUGCCUUUUUGUUCUUGUUUAAACAACCAAAUCAUGUAUUUUUAAUAUUUUUAUUUGUUGGUGGUUUUUAUAAACAAUCAAGAAAAUAAAGUUAUAAUACCUAGUUUAAAUUACAUUUAAACGAAGGAAAAAAUAUUAUUAUUACUAUAUUUUAAAAACAUAUUAGGAUACAGUCAACCGAAUUAUCCUAUACCUACCUAUCCAUGUUGUAAUGGAAAAAUGUAUUAUUUUUUUACUUAAUUUAUGUUAAAUAUUAUUGAAGAAACAUUUACCUACUUUUACUAUUUUUGUACAAAAAUGAUUUUUAAGUAAUAAAUUUGUUUAAAAAAAAUUC